AUGGGCCCCUGUACCGCCUCCUCAUGCUGCUGCCAGGCCCAUAAUCUGCCAUGGGCCCCCGUACCGACUCCUCAUGCUGCUGCCAGGCCCGUAAUCUGUCAUGGGCCCCUGUACCGCCUCCUCAUGCUGCUGCCAGGUCCAGAGUGUGUCAUGGGUCCCUGUACGGCCUCCCAUUGCUGCUGUCUCCAUCGCCACACUCUGCCAUGUGCCACUUUCAGGUCUCCUCACACUGCUGGUGGGUUCCAUUUUGUCAUAGGGUGCUGUAUGGCCUCCCAUUGCUGCUGCCUCCACCGCCACACUGUGGCUCCACACUCUGGUUUUGGCCCCGUGACUGCCCAAAUGAGUGAAGUGUGCGGUGAUUCUAAGAUCGACGGCACUCAUCUGCAUGUCAUACUGACUGACAAUAUUAUUUCUCUUCCCCAGCAGACUCCAAGGGCAUUUAAAUUAAAGGUACAGUGUUCUGCACUAAUAUAA